AGCCACGCGAUAUGGCUUGUGAGAUAAAUCUCGGUCCAUCGAGUCUAAGAAAAUCCGCACAAUUCGUUGAUCGGGUCCCUUCUCUUCGAAAGAGGGUGCCUCCUUGCAAGUUGUACUUGACGUAUCCUCUGUCGCUUGUUAUGGCACGACCCGUGCGUUUCAAGCAGGAUUGUGGAUCAACAUCGCAUUCUCGUCAAACUUGUCCAAUACCAUCGCGCAGUCAACGACAAAAGCCAAAUAGCUCAUAUCCAGGAUGGACACGAAGCCGAUACCUGCAUUCUACUGCUGCUAUCUGCUUCGAUCGACAGUGCAGCGGGGGUUCAACUACAUCGGCUCCACGCCGAACAUGCUGCGAAGAAUCAAGCAGCACAAUGGGCAGUCUCCUGGCGGUGCAAAGAAGACCUCCUACAGAACGUUAAAGCCCUGGGAAGUAACGUGCAUUGUCCACGGUUUUCCAUCCAAGAUCGCGGCUUUGCAAUUUGAAUGGGCGUGGCAGCACACCUACAAGUCUAGGCACGCGAGGGAAGAAGAUGAAGGCGUCUUGGAGAACCUCGACUUCCGUGUUUCGCCAAAGUCUGGCAAGGCUCGCAGGCGAAAGCCAACCUCGCACGCACGUUCGUUGACAGAUCGGAUCAUGAACCUGCAUAUUUUGCUACGAGCGCGGAGUUUUCGCGCCUGGCCGUUAUCAGUACGCUUCUUUUGCACGGACGUCUUCAGAGUCUGGAACACUGUCCACGAGAAGCUUGACACACGUCUACCCGAGACUAUUGAUGUUACCCUGGAUAAGGAUGCCGUCGAUCACUACUCAAAGACUGAACCGCUGACAAACCGUGUGGACUAUCGACCCAAUUUGCCUCUUCACGGAGUCGAAAAUUUGGACUUUGGUUACUCGAGCUUGAAGCCUCUUUACGAGAAGAGCAAGCUGGCACUUGCUUGUGACAAUAUCGCAUGCGCUGUUUGUGCUAAGAAUAUCGGGAGUCUAGAGGAGCUUCUUGUAGUAUGUCCUCAUGAUGGAUGUGAAGCCGUGUCACAUCUGCACUGUCUGUCUGCGCAUUUUCUAUCUACAAGUAACGAUCAUGGAAGCGGCAUACUCCCCACUGCAGGUUGCUGUCCAUCUUGCUCAAGGCCGGCGAAAUGGAUCACCUUGAUGAAAGUGUUGACCCUCCGUACUCGGGGCGAGAAGGAGAUUGCAAAGCUUAUCAGAAAGCCAAGAGUGAGAAGGAACGGAAAUGAGAAUGCAACAGAGACGGCCAUAGCAGAUGAUGAGUUCAAGACUAUCGAAGAAAUCGAAGAAGAUGAAGACGCAAGCAUUGCAGACCUAGAAGAUUUUGAAUCAAUAGUCGUCAAGGAGGCGUUGGAGGACAACAUGCCAUCACCAACGGGAAUAAACACGCCGGACAGGAGCAAAGUCGUAAUCAACUCACGUAGAUCGAGCCAAGCUAGAGAACGGAGCAAGUCCGUUGCGGAAGAAACUGGAUGGAGUGAUGCAGAAGUAUUAGAAUGAGGGUUGAGCUUCUUUACGCCAAGCAGUUGACGCUCAUGAGACCGCAGUCUACUGCACCGUUCUUAGCGGCAGCCCAUUGUUGUCCACUGCAUACAGCGUGUUCUUCACAACGGUCCAUAUCGAGUCUGCGACUUCAUCGGGAGAACCGCCGGCAUCGAUCACUUUGAAGUCCUCGCUCUCGUCGGGCAAGCCCCGCAUAGACUUGAAGUAUUCGCGGACACGAUCCUGAUGACGCUUGUUCUCAUAUCGUUCCGCACCAAAGCCGCCUCUCCUCGCAGCCUCAUCCGGACUGAUCUCGAGGAAAAUGACUGCAUCCGGCCGAGGAAGGCCCACUUCUGGAUAACGGGCCCACGCAAUGCUUAGAGAGGGAUUGUCUUUUGCGGCUGAGUAAACGCAGCCAGAAUAGUAGUAACGAUCAAUGACUACCGUUAUGCCCGCUUCUAUGUCGGCACGGAUUGAUGAGCUUCUCUGCAGUAAGCUACAAUGAAGAGCAAAUGGCUUUGACCAUCUUACGCUGCCUCCCAUCGAUUUGCAG